GCCCGGCCCUUCCGGAGGGCGGAGCGCGGCCGGCCGUCCAAGGCUAGGUGGGGGUGCUGGGUCCAGCAGGGACUGCCCGCCCUCCUCCUCCUCCUCCUCCGGCUUCCGUCCCUGUCCCCAUCCCCGCUUCACCAGCCCGGCGAAGGAAUAGCGGCGGCGGCGCUGGAAAUCGGGGACCAUGUCUGGGCAGAGCCUGACCGACCGCAUCACGGCGGCGCAGCACAGCGUGACCGGCUCCGCCGUGUCCAAGACCGUCUGCAAGGCCACCACGCAUGAGGUGAUGGGCCCCAAGAAGAAGCACCUCGACUAUUUAAUACAGUGCACAAACGAGAUGAACGUAAAUAUCCCACAGUUGGCGGACAGCUUGUUUGAAAGGACAGCGAACAGUAGCUGGGUGGUGGUAUUCAAGUCCCUCAUCACAACUCACCAUCUAAUGGUGUAUGGAAAUGAGCGCUUUAUCCAGUAUCUGGCUUCCAGAAACACAUUGUUUAACCUGAGCAAUUUUUUGGACAAAAGUGGAUUGCAAGGGUAUGAUAUGUCUACAUUUAUCAGGCGGUAUAGCAGAUAUUUGAAUGAAAAAGCAGUUUCUUACAGACAAGUUGCUUUUGACUUCACAAAAGUAAAAAGAGGAGCUGACGGAGUCAUGAGAACCAUGAAUACAGAGAAACUCUUAAAAACUGUACCAAUUAUACAAAAUCAGAUGGAUGCACUUCUUGAUUUCAAUGUCAACAGCAAUGAACUUACAAAUGGUGUAAUUAACGCUGCCUUCAUGCUUCUCUUCAAAGAUGCCAUUAGACUCUUUGCAGCCUAUAAUGAAGGGAUUAUUAACCUGUUGGAAAAAUACUUUGACAUGAAAAAGAAUCAAUGCAAAGAAGGCCUUGAUAUAUACAAGAAGUUUCUGACCAGAAUGACAAGGAUUUCUGAGUUUCUCAAGGUUGCUGAGCAAGUGGGGAUAGACAGAGGAGACAUACCAGAUCUUUCUCAGGCACCAAGCAGCCUCCUUGAUGCAUUGGAACAGCACUUAGCCUCGUUAGAAGGAAAGAAAAUCAAAGACUCCACUGCUGCAAGCAGGGCUACCACUCUUUCCAAUGCAGUCUCCUCCCUUGCAAGCACCGGCCUGUCACUCACCAAAGUAGAUGAAAGGGAAAAACAAGCUGCACUAGAGGAAGAGCAGGCGCGUUUAAAAGCUUUAAAGGAGCAACGUCUAAAAGAACUUGCAAAGAAACCGCAUACCUCCUUAACAACAGCCUCCUCCCCUGUAUCUAAUACAGCAGGGAGCAUAAUAACUACACCAGCCAUUGAUAUUUUCUCCACACCUAGUUCUUCAAACAGCACGUCAAAGCUGCCAAAUGACCUGCUUGAUUUGCAGCCAACCUUUCAUCCGGCUGUGCAUCCUAUAUCCUCUGCUCCUCAAGUAGGAGGAACCUGGGGAGAUCCUUUCACUUCUACUGCUGAUGCUGUUGAUGAUGCCAUUCCAAGCCUAAACCCUUUCCUCACAAAAUCUAGCGAUCAUCUUUCUGUCUCCUCUGAUGUACUACCCACUUUCACUUCUAGGACACCAACUCAUGAGAUGUUUGUUGAUUCUUUUUGUGGUCCGCAAGCUUACUCUAAUGCUUCCCAUUUCCGCAGUGAGUCCUCAGCUGUAGCUGGUCUAUUUGGAGGGUUCACACCAUCUCCUGUUGCUCCAUCACAGCCCUCAGCAGGCCUUAAUGUUGACUUUGAGUCUGUGUUUGGAAACAAAACUUCAAAUGUCCCAGUGGAUUCUGGGGGGUUUGAUGAAUUAGGUGGACUCCUAAAACCAACAGUGGCUUCUCAGAAUCAGAGUCUUCCAGUUUCCAAAGCACCACCUAACAAGUUAGUACUGGAUGAUCUGGAUUCAUCUUUAGCCAAUCUUGUGGGCAAUUUGGGCAUUGGAAAUGGAACAACUAAAAAUGAUGUGAAUUGGACACAGCCAGGAGAGAAGAAACUAACUGGAGGCUCCAACUGGCAACCUAAAAUUGCACCUACGACAGCAUGGAAUGCUCCAACAAUGAAUGGCAUGCAUUUUCCACAAUACGCACCACCGGUUAUGGCCUAUCCUGCUACAACACCAACAGGAAUGAUGGGGUAUGGAAUGCCAUCCCAAAUGGGAGGAGUACCAGUCAUGACUCAACCAACCUUGAUAUACAGCCAGCCGGUUAUGAGACCUCCAAAUCCAUUUGGUCCUGUAUCGGGAGCCCAGCUGUCUGCAGCGUCCAGCCCAUCCACUCAGAGUCCUCACAGAGCUUCAGGGAAGGACCCUUUUGCAGAACUCUCCCUCCAGGAUUUCUUGUAGGACAACUUAGAUCCAAUUCAUGUAACUGUGCCAGAUGGAGUGGGGUGAAGACAUCUCCAGAAAGACAUGUGCUCAACGACAAACCCUUCUUUCCAGCCAAAUCAAAACAGAUGUAUGUGUCUUGGACUCUUCAGUAGAACAACCCAGUAAAAUCACACAAGCCCACAACCAUGGUGGGAUAUCAACUAGGGAAGCCUCAGCACCCUGCAGUGCUCGGUAUAAAGCCAAGAAUUGCCACAAUUUUGGUGUGGGAUCUUUUUUUUUCUUUCCUCCCUUCCUGGUGACCUAACAUGUCAGUAGCUCUCACCACUGUUGCAUAACCUCAGUUAAUAACACACAGAAGCCUCUUAUUCUGCUAUGAAGGGUCAAAUGUGUACCUGGAACUGCUAUUUGGAAUGAAGAGCUGGGCAUCCUUUUACCGUUAACUCCAAUGACUUUUCUCUCUAGGGGAUCAAAUCCUAACGCUCUAAUUCUACAGUUUCCUCUCUCCAGUCCUCACAAAUGCUAGACUCAAUAAUGAAAAGUUUAACUUUUUUAAAAAAAAAAGAAUUAUAUAUUCCGUUUGCAUAGACAUUCCUUUAUGUAUUAUUGUUUGUAUUUAUUUAUGAUUAUCAGUUUAAGUAACAGUGUAUCACAAGGCCUCCUCCGUGGAGAAAUGAGUGUGGAUGUAUACAGUAUGUCUCCCUUUUGCGAUUCUUUUAUUUUCCUCCCAUUUUUAUCCACAAGAACAAUUCUGAUUCAGAGUGCAUCUUCACCGAAUACACACCCAAACUCACAGAGCACUGAGUAUGUUCAAAGGUCUGAAAACACCAACUGUCAAAUCUCCACAGGAAUUAGAGGUGUCAAUGUAUUAAAACUGUCAGUUCUGCGAAGAAUUUUGGCAAGGGGGGAUGGCUGGCAAAGGAGCACAAUAAUUCUUGGACCGGGUGUUGGUGCUUCUAGAAAGAACUUUCCUCUUUCCUUGCUUUGUGCUUGGCAUGUCAUUUAUCUUACACUUGACAUAUGGCCUUUCCAAAAUGAAUGUGAGGGAUUGCUUUCACUUUUAAAGACUUUCCUUCUUUUCUGUACAACCCCCUCCCCCACACACACAACUUCAGAGGUAUUAUGUAAACAAUGCCUUGACCUCAUUUUCUCUUCAUUUGGCUAGUGCCAUCUCCAUAAUCAUGUACCACGAAAUAGAAUAAAAUCUCAAGGGAAGUAGCAUCUUUAUUUAAGGGCAUAAUCCUCUAUGAAGUUCUCCAGUGGAAGGUCUAAUUCAGUGGGGGCUUGUGCAGGAGGACUUCUUGGUUCAUUGGCCUCUCAGUGUGUAGGAAUCUUUUUUGUUUUCUGCAGAAUUUGAAGCAGCACUGUUGAUCGGUGCUUCGUGUAAAUACAUCAUACAGGUUCGGGUAGCAUCUGGGGCCUUAAGAAGGAUAGUCGAAGGCAUGAAAGCAAUUCUGUACAUGAAUUAAGCAUACUUGCUGCAUUGUCUCCGCAGAUUCUAUUUUUGUUUAAAAUGUUAAAAUGUACGUUAGCAAAAAAAAAAAAAAAAGUGGAUUUUCAAAUAAAAUGCAGCUUCCACAGAAUGUGCGGUAUGAUGGUCUGCAAAGGAUGGAUGGCUGGAUGGUGGCUGCUGUUGAGUUGGAGGUAUUACUUAUGGGAUGCUCCCAUCCACUUUCAAAUUCCAUGUGCCCAAUCCCUUUUGUCUAAAUGAAGCUAUGCAGGCUUGGUAAACUUAACACUGAAGCAGUACUGUCUGAAUUGUACUCUUUCCAGUUGCGUUGUUAGGGUCAAGGCUAGGCCUGCUCCUGGUUUCUUCACCCCUAAGUUCUCUAGAUGGAAGAGGUCCUCAAACUGGAAGAGCAUUCUGUGAGGGAAGCCUAUCUUUCUGUUGCCUGAUCCCUCUUCCACAGGGACGUCUAAACUAUCAACGUAGAUUGUGCCCCAGCCUCUUUGGCAACAUAUGGAAAUGCAGCAGUGGGCGUGUCUAGGCUGUAUUCACAACUAGGAGAAUCCCACACGGUACUGUCGCCUCAGACUUUUUAUACUGAUGUUCUUUCACUGUGCAUACAGACUGUUGAACUGCUUCUGGUUGUUAAAAAUGCUCCACCCCAAUUGUUUAUGCAAGAUGAUUGGCUGCUCUUGAGGUACUUCGGAAAAGAUGAUCUCAGCUUGGCUUAGCCCUACUAAAGUGUAGAAGGACUUUGGGGGCAUAUUUCCCGUUGUCUGGCAAUAAGAACAAGGUUUCCUUCAGUAGGACAUCUCCCUGGUAAAGCUGGUGCUUUGUUGUGACUGCAGCUUGUGGUGGUAACACAACGAAGAAUGUAGUAAAUUUUCCACAAAACAAAACUCAAAAUCAUGCAGGAAGUAAAUAAAUCAUUUCUUUAAAGUG